GCCAUGGCCGAAGUAGGACAGGUCCAGCAGCUGCAGCGCGGUUUCGGCUUCUGGACCAUGCUAGGUCUGACGGCCAGCAUGAGGUGCAUGUGGGAGGCCGUCUUCUUCGCCAACGCCACCGCCAUGCUGAACGGCGGGCCUGCAACGCUUGUCUACGGCUUCAUCUACGGCAUGCUAGGCGCUCUGGCUCCGGCGAGUAAUCUAGGCGAAAUGGCCGACAUGUACCCGACCAGUGCAGGCCAAUAUCACUGGUGCGCUAUGCUUGCUCCACCCCGCCAGAAAGCCUUUCUCUCCUGGUUCUGCGGCUGGAUCGCUACGAUAGGCUGGAUCGCCAAUACAGCGGUGGGCGCGUUUUCGCAGCAACUAUGAUUCAGGGCGUGCUCGUACAGAACGACCCUGCUUACAACUAUCAGUGAUGGCAUGGGACCUUGCUCAUGUUCGCUGUUAUACUUGUCGUCUGUUUCGUCAACUGUAUAGGGACGCGCCUGCUCGCACUGGUGGAGGGUGUUAUCAUGGUGUUGCGUCUAUUUGCCUUCCUCGCUAUCCUGAUACCAAUGGUGAGCAGAGCAAUGUGUACUGCUAUUCGUAGUCACGGCAGAGAUGUAUUCGCGACCCUCACCAAUAACGCAGGCUGGAUCAGUGACGGUUCAUCCUGGUUUAUCGGCUUCGCCCGUUCUGCGAACCUAGCGGUGAUCGGACACGACGGCCCUGCACACCUGGCGGAAGAAGUCCAGAAUGCGAGAACGGUGGUACCGUGGUGCAUGAUCAGCACCGUAAUCCUGAACGGGACGCUGGGCUGUGCUAUUGUGAUCGCGUUCUCAUUCUGCGUCGUUCCAACAAUCGAGGACACUUUGACGAGUCCAACCAGCUAUCACUUCAUGGAGGUCUUCUACGGUGCGAUGGGCUCGGCCGGGACGGCGGGAAUGACGGCUGUCUUGAUUGUCUUGAUGUGAUGCGCUACGUUUGGCUUCCUUACUAAGGCGUCGAGGCAGACGUGAGCCUUUGCUCGUGACCAUGGCCUGCCGUUCUCGACGUACUUCGCUCACGUCAAUGAACGUCUUGCACUUCCGCUUCGGUCAUUUGUACUUCGCAGCGUCAUUCCGUGCUUGCUGGGGCUGGUCAGCUUAGGCUCGACUGCUGCCUUCAAUGCCUUGGGUAUCCCUGACGGAAGCAGGCCUCUUCAUCUCCGACCUCAUUCCCAUCGUGCUCAUAAUACAAGAAGCUUCGCGGCGAAGAAAUACGGUACGGAUCUCUUAGCAUGGGCCG